AUGAAACAACACGAAAAAGCAGAGAAGCAAAUGAAGAGAACACAGAUGUUGGAGCGCUUUUGUUCCGGGUCAGCCUUGUUGUUGUCCCUUUUAUGUUGUGUUGCGUGGAUUAACGUGGAACUCAGAAUACAAGAACACCAUCGACUGAUAUCACAUUCAGCAAAGUUCUGUGAUAAGAUAGAGACAGAAAUCAUACGAAAGAUGCAGAAGAAUUACGCACGUUGGCAACUUGAGAAUAUAAGGAAAAAGGAAGAUGGUAAGUUUUACGGACAGGAAGCUAUGUCGAGAAAGAAACGCUUUACACGGGAUGAUUUACAACAAAACUCUUCCUUAGCAUCCUCUUUGGUACAAAAGCUGAUCAAACAAGAGCUUAGUCUACUGCAAAACCAGUUCUGCGCAAAAAAUCACACACUUUGCCAAGCAGGACAAAAAGGUAACAGGGGAAGACGAGGAAAACCGGGAAACCGAGGGAAGCGGGGUCCUCCUGGAAGAACUGGUCCAGAAGGGCCACCUGGUAAAUAUGGACCGAUAGGACCGCCGGGGCCGAUAGGAAUAAAGGGGGAUGUCGGAUUACCAGGGAGCCCCGGUCCCUUGGGACCGCGAGGGCCACCGGGAGAGAAAGGAGCCACAGGUAAGCCCGGUGAGUCCCUCUCAGCGCCAUCUCUGAUUGAGCGACCCAUUGGAAUGACAGUCAAUGAAAGUCAGACAGCCAUGUUGAAAUGUAAAGUGAGUGGUAACCCAAAGCCAAAAGUGAAGUGGUCUAAGGUGAGAUCAUCGCUUCCUGUUGGACGUCACACGGUAGAGUCCAGUGGUGCGCUAAUUCUAAAAGACGUUAGACCUGGGGACGACGGAGUCUACAGCUGCAGGGCAGAGAGUUUGCUGGGACAAGUGAACUCCUCAGCAAAAUUAACUGUUCAGUUCAUCCCUAAACCUAAGUUAUCAUCAAGUCGAUUAAUGGCUGAAGAGAAACAGAACGUCACUAUUGCCUGCAAUGCUGUCGGUCAGCCGCAGCCAAGCAUCACGUGGUCUAAGGCAGUGGGUAGUUUGCCAAAAGAUAGGACUGAAGUGAAGAAUGGAAAGUUAAAAAUCUAUAGUUUGGCGAAAAAGGACAGUGGAAUAUUCAUUUGCAAGGCAGAGAAUACUUUAGGAUCAGCGACAUACACUGCUCAUCUCGUGGUAUUUACUGCUCUGAAGUUCAAAGUGCGUCCUCCUCAGGAGGUGACUCUGUAUCCUCCUCUUUAUGUGCCAUGUACGGCCGAGAGUGACCUGAGCACUAAAAUCACUUGGACAAAGGAUGGCAUGUCUCCUCUUCCUGUGGAGUCUAAUGUUCUACAAAAUGGAACACUGGUUAUAAACAACAUCAGGGAAUCACACCAAGGAAAUUACACCUGCAGAGCGACUAAUGCUUUGACAACAAUAGAAGCCAAAGUUAAAAUCAUCUUUCGUAAUGUUUCGUCUUGUUCUGUGAUAAGAAAAUACGUCAGUAGCGCAAACGGAAAUUACGUCAUUGAUCCAGAUGGCGAAGGGGGACUGGCACCUUUCACGGUAUAUUGUGACAUGAGUGACAAGAAUGGAGUUGGCGUGACUGUUAUUAGUCACGACAGUGAAAGUAGAACACAUGUGAACGGAUGCGAGCCUAUAGGCUGUUAUUCACGAGACAUUGAUUAUACCGGAGCGAGUUUGUCUCAGCUCGCAAGUCUCACCAGUGUCUCCUCACAGUGUGAACAGUUUAUCAAGUAUGAGUGUCAUGAUUCAAUACUAAUAAGACGGAAGGGAGGUGAACACGGAUGGUGGGUGUCACGCGACUCCGCUAAAAUGACGACCUGGGGUGGAGCAACACCUGGAAGUGGUAAGUGCGCAUGCGGGAUGACCAACUCCUGUGCAGACCCCAGUUAUCCAUGUAAUUGUGAUAAGAAUGACGAUGUAUGGCGUGAAGACAGCGGUCUGCUCACUGAAAAGACACAUCUACCAGUCAAACAGCUCAGGUUUGGUGACACAGGUGAUGGAUCAGAAGAAGGAUAUCACACUCUGGGAAAACUUAAAUGCUAUGGAAUAGUUCAGGGCCCUCCAACUCCGGCUGAAUUGCUUUACCAAGCUGUUUGCCUAAUUCAACUCUCUGUAACAAUGAAACAACAUGGAAAAGCAGAGAAGCAAAUGAACAGAACACAGAUGUUGGAGCGCUUUUGUUCCGGGUCAGCCUUGUUGUUGUCUCUUUUAUGUUGUAUUGCGUGGAUUAACGUGGAACUCAGAAUACAAGAACACCAUCGACUGAUAUCACACUCAGCAAAGUUCUGUGAUAAGAUAGAGACAGAAAUCACACAAAAGAUGCAGAAGAAUUACGCGCGUUGGCAACUUGAGAAUAUAAGGAAAGAGGAAGAUGGUAAGUUUUACGAACAGGAAGCUAUAUCGAGAAAGAAACGCUUAACACGGGAUGAUUUACAACAAAACUCUUCCCCAGCAUCCUCUUUUGUGCAAAAGCUGAUCAAACAAGAGCUUGGUCUGCUGCAAAACCAAUUCUGCGCAAAAAAUCACACACUUUGCCAAGCAGGACAAAAAGGUAACAGAGGAAGACGAGGAAGACCGGGAAACCGAGGGAAACUGGGUCCUCCCGGAAGAACUGGCCCUGAAGGGCCGCCUGGUAAAUAUGGACCUAUAGGACCACCGGGGCCGAUGGGAAUAAAGGGGGAUGUCGGAUUACCAGGGAGCCCCGGUCCCUUGGGACCGCGAGGGCCACCGGGAGAGAAAGGAGCCACAGGUAAGCCCGGUGAGUCCCUCUCAGCGCCAUCUCUGACCGAGCGACCCAUUGGAAUGACAGUCAAUGAAAGCCAGACGGCCAUGUUGAAAUGUAAAGUGAGUGGUAACCCAAGGCCAAAAGUGAAGUGGUCUAAGGUGACAUCAUCGCUUCCUGUUGGACGUCACAUGGUAGAGUCCAGUGGUACACUGAUUCUAAAAGACGUUAGACCUGAGGACGACGGAGUUUACAGCUGCAAGGCAGAGAGUUUGCUGGGACAAGUCAACACCUCAGCAAAAUUAACUGUUCAGUUCGUCCCUAAACUUAGGUUAUCAUCAAGUCGAUUAAUGGCUGAAGAGAAACAAAACGUCACUAUUGCUUGCAAUGCUGUUGGCAAGCCGCGGCCGAGCAUCACGUGGUCUAAGUCAGUGGGUAGUCUUCCGAAAGAUAGGACUGAAGUGAGGAAUGGAACGUUGAAAAUCUAUAGUUUAGCGAGAGAGGACAAUGGAAUAUUCAUCUGUAAGGCAGAGAAUACUUUGGGAUCAGCGACAGACACUGCUCAUCUCAUGGUAUUUACUCCUCUGAAGUUCAAAGUACGUCCUCCUCAGGAGGUGACUCCGCAUGCUCCUGAUUCUCUUUAUGUACCAUGUACGGCCGAGAGUGACCUGAGAACUACAAUCACUUGGACAAAGGAUGGCAUGUCUUCCCUUCCUGUGGAGUCUAAUGUUCUACAAAAUGGAACACUGGUUAUAAACAACAUCAGGAAAUCACACCAAGGAAAUUACACCUGCAGAGCGACUAAUGCUCUGACAACAAUAGAAGCCAAAGUCAGAAUCAACCCUCCUAUUAUUUCGUCUUGUUCUGUGAUAAGAAAAUACGUCAGUAGCGCAAACGGAAAUUACGUCAUUGACCCAGAUGGUGAAGGGGGACUGGCACCUUUCGCGGUAUAUUGUGACAUGACUGACAAGAAUGGAGUUGGCGUGACUGUUAUUAGUCACGACAGUGAAAGUAGAACACAUGUGAAAGGAUGUGAGUCUCAAGGCUGUUAUUCACGAGACAUUCAUUACACCGGAGCGAGUUUGUCUCAGCUGGCGAGUCUCACUAGUGUCUCCUCACAAUGUGAACAGUUUAUCAAGUAUGAGUGUCAUGGGUCAGUGCUGAUAGGAGGGAUGGGAGGUGGGUACGCAUGGUGGGUGUCACGCGACUCCGCUAAAAUGAUGACCUGGGGUGGAGCAUCACCUGGAAGUGGUAAGUGCGCAUGCGGGAUGACUAACUCCUGUGCAGACCCCAGUUAUCCAUGUAACUGUGAUAAGAAUGACCUAGGAUGGCGUGAAGACAGCGGUCUGCUCACUGAAAAGACACAUCUACCAGUUAAACAACUCAGGUUUGGUGACACAGGUGAUAAACCAGAAGAAGGAUAUCACACUCUGGGAAAACUUAAAUGCUAUGGAAUAGCAUGAGCAGUUAACAUGAAAGCAGUUAAGAGGAAAAAACAAAGCCAACUUUUAAUUUAGUUGAAAGUUUGGCUUUAGA